CUUAUUCUAUCCCACCAAACCUCCCAAGUCGACAGUUCGCGCUCCCAUACAAACCUUCAGGCCUUGCUACAUUGCAUCAACUACCGGAACACCACGUCUACCUGGAGCUUUACGACUCCAUUAGCCCGCAAUGGUAUACAACGACAGCGAUAACCCCAAACCCGACCGGGGAUUCCAAGACGCUACUCCCCAAUCCGACAGCGAUCGCUAUGACGAAUUCAAGGAGCCUCCGAACCUGAGAAGGUUUGAAGGGACAUACCUCCCAAGGCCAUUCAUAGGGGCGCGGAUUCUAGGGCUCAACGAUGCGAAGGUAGCUUCAUCCGUCGACCAAGCCAUCGUCAGUGCUCAGAAAACCCUCGGAAGGCCGCCAACAGAAGAGGAAGCUUCCGCCUUGGCAUAUUGGGCAGCGAAACAUUUGUCGUUAUUCUCAUAUGGACCCGUCGCUGGGUUUGCUGGUGGGAUGAUGCAAGCGUACAGAACAGCACCGUCGUUCAAAUUUCCAUUCGUCAAGCCCAAUCCCGAGACGUUCAACCCCAAAGUCUUUCCAUCUGCUAGACUCGCCUUGGUGACGGGCGUGGAGGCCAUUCCUUUUUGGCACGUAGCGAGGGUGUCUGCAUAUAGCACUGUUGGGAUGCUUGUUGGGACAAUGGUGUUUGGUGUCUACUCUUCCUCCGUGGCGACAGUUGGUAUGGUCGCGGAUCCAAGGUUAAAGGAUUUUUUGGCACAUGUCAAGUCAAAGGCAGAAAAUGCCCCCGGUUCAGCGCGGGGCCGUUCACAACAACCAGUGCCACCAGUUCCUUACGGGAAUCAAACGAGGCCAAUAGAGCAGGUCAUCGGAGAUGACGCCAGCCCCAAUAGCGACUCAUACUGGGGGACAAGCAACGAAGAGGGCCCAGUGGACGGGGGACUUCUAGGUGCGGAUACUGCGAGAGAGUCACAAGUCCCAGCACAACGUCCCGUAGGUGCCGCACCUCAAAGACGUGCUCAGCCUGCACCUGCUGCAGAGAAAGAACCGUCAUAUUUUGAUGAUGCAUCUCCAACCGGCGGCGUGGGAGUUACAGAUGAGAUGCCGUCGGGCGGAUCAGCUUGGGAGCGCCUUCGGCAGCAAGGGUCCUCAUCACAAUCUAGUCGGCAGCCUCGAGCUGAUGCCCCUGCUCAAAAUGGAUGGGGUAAUGGUGCCGAUACGGCCAGUAGCUCCCAGGCAUCAGAGGGACGCCAGAUGUCUGCUAGGGAGGUUGCUCAGCGAGAGUUCGACGAGCAGAUUGAACGGGAGAGACAGGGUGGAAGCUUUAACAGUAGGGGAUAAGACGCGACAUUGUGGCAAUAUGUAAUACUAUAACUGCACAAAAUAAGACGCCUAUCUUGUACAGUACUUUCGUGGGAUUUUCAGUGAAGAUUCGAGUUCAAAUUCAUAUUGCUAGCACGUUGACAAGGCAUUGGCGAUGGUGGACCUAUCACGACGUCACUGCCAACGGCUGCUUCUUUCAAGUAAUAUUCCCCGCGGCCACUCUAUCAUACACAGCCUUAUAUUACGGAAUGAAAGGUAGGAGUUACUAGUGUAUGGCCUGCUUAGCUGAGAAAUACGAUACAAUGGACAAUGUGCCGGGGAUCAGCAGAAUACAACGCCCUAUUACGGACGCCCAUCUUAAAGCCCCUGGGCGUGGCUUGUCUACCAAGAGCAGACAGUGGGACUCUACUUCAAUGAUGCUGAGAUCACUGCCACAUUAGCUAUAGCGGCUUUAUCAUUACACGUGGUUCUCACCCAGCUAGCUAUACAGUACGGCGCAAUAAGUUUCCGUACAUACGGAAACUUACAUCGCGGUACCAUACACUGUACUCUAUCUAUAACUAUGAGAGACAAGAUGCAUUAAGUGGUUUUACAUGGUUUAACGAUCGUCCGUAUAUCAUUCGUGGCGUCAGCCAUGUUGUGUUGGCGAACUAAGUGGGCAAUAGGCCCGGGCCGUGUCUUUAACUAAUAAAACGCAGUGGGCACCACCCACCCCCUAUUACAGAAUGCUUUGGCUCAAGGAACAAACCCAGAAAUAGUCAGACAAAAUGUAUAUAAGCACAUCCCGCCUAUGGGCAGAAAUGUUGAGCAGAGA